AUGCGGUCGGACUGGGGCUCUCGGAGACUCAGAAAUUUCAACUCCCUCAGCAAAGAAAACGUGUAUGAGAACAACAAGUUGGCAUUUCGAGUGGCGGAGGAAGAGCUGGGGAUCCCGGCCUUGCUGGAUGCAGAGGAUAUGGUUGCUCUCAGGGUACCAGACAGGUUGAGCAUCCUCACCUACGUUUCCCAGUAUUAUAACUACUUCCAUGGACGGUCGCCUAUUGGAGGCAUGGCUGGCAUCAAGCGUCCGUCCUCCGAGCCCCGGGACGAGCCUCUUGGGAAGAAAGCCAUUUCUGAGCCUGCUAAGCCAGCUCCUCCAAAAGUGCCUCUUGCUCACCCACCAGCCAAGGCCAAGCCAAAAGAAACAUCUCCAAUCGCCACGAAAGGCAUCCUGGCAGAGAGUGGGAAUAUCCGCGGCAGCAGCUGUGCUAUAUGUGGAAACCAUGUCCACCUGGUGCAGCGCCACUUGGUCGAUGGGAAGCUCUAUCAUAGGAACUGCUUCAGGUGCAAGCAGUGUUGGAACGUGCUUCUGUCUGGGGGCUACAAGGCUGGACCUGAACCAGGUACUUUCAUCUGUACCAGUCAUCAGCAGCCAGAAAAUGUCUGGAACUCUGGACUCCGGGCUGAGAACAAACCUGAGAGCCCCCGAACUUUUACCCCUGCCAGGACAGUCCAGAAACCAGCAGAACCCAAGAAGCUAGAACAGGUAUUGAAGAAACCAAGCCAGGAAGGCCUUGCUAAUUCAGCCAAGCCAUCUGCUUCAUCCUCUGGAAGUUCCGUCUGCAAAAGUGUAAAUAUGCCAUGGUCCUCUUCAUCUGUAAAUAAAUCAGGUCACCAUGAAGGUACCCAGUCAGCAAAUAAAUCAGUUCAUCGUGAAGGUUCCCCACCAGGGCCUCUUUGGACAACCUCCACAACAAAAACACAGCAAGCUCGAGCACAAUUUUUCCAGUCAGUGGAGUCCCCCAGCAAUAAAACCCCUGACACCAAAAAAGAAAUCCCUUCCUCCCAUGGCUAUGCUAACACUGCCUUCUCCAGAAACACUGAGGCCAGUCCAGUGAAUGCUGAGAAGGAUCAGGCACGUAACCAUAUUAUACAGGCCUUGGCUGGAUCAAACACCUCUCCAAACAGGCCAGGAGGACUCAGUUCCCCUGGCUUCCCAGCAUCCAGUAGCAAGUGUUCUCCCACCACUUCCCAGUGGCAGAAUCUAGCUCCGAAAACACAGUCCAGCAAAACAGGAUGCGUAUCACUGAAGCAGGAGAAGGUUGCAGAGCCCCAGACCAAGAGUCAGACUGUCAGCAAACCUGUUGACUCUGUGCACAAACCAGAGUUUAAAGUCUCCAAAGGAAGUAUGAACAUCAAAGAAGACAAAUCUGAGAGCCCAGCUGACUGGAGAUCUCGGUUAAAGCCUGUGGCCAACAAAGACCAAGGAGGCUCUAAGAAACCUUCUGACAACUCCCAGAUGGGAACAGAGAGCCCAGCACGGAAGGAGAUAAAGCCAAGUCCGUCUGUUGUUCCAUCAUCAAAGCAAGACUCUGUUUCUCGUGGUGAGUUCACGAGGAAGAAGCUGCAUCCCAGCUCAGAUCUUGUUAGGAGCUGUCAGAGUUCAAUCAAAGACUGGGAAGACUGUGGGCAUUCUUUCAAGAAGGAGGAAGAGGAGAAUCAUUGGAAACAAAGCACUGACAAAUUUAAGCCCUCUGCUCCGAAAAGCAUCCAGAGCCUAGAAGCAGUAUCCCCAACCAAGCUGCACCCAGACUAUCUCCCUGAGGAGGAAAUCCAGGAGAAGGUGCGUGAUAUCGAGAAGCAGCUGGACAAGCUGGAAUUGAAAGGAGUGGAUCUGGAGAAGCAGCUGCGUGGCUGCGAGGGAGAUGAGUCUGAGGAUGCCCUCAUGGUGGAUUGGUUCAAACUGAUCCAUGAGAAACAGCUGUUGCUCCGACAGGAAUCAGAAUUGAUGUACAAAAUGAAGCAGCAGAAGCUGGAGGAGCAGCAGUGGAGCAUUGAGACAGAGCUGCGGCACCUCAUGAGCAGGCCAGAGGAACUGAAGACACCCAGGGAGAAGGAGCGAGAGAAAGAGCUGCUAGAGUCAUACCUGAACACAGUCAAUGAUCGGAAUAAUAUUGUGGAGUGCCUGGAUGAGGACAGACUCAGAGAGCAAGAGGAGGACCAGAUGUUGGCAGACAUGAUCCAGAAGCUGGAUGGACCUCGCGAGAGCCAGGAAGCAGAGAAGAAGCCAAGCAAGUUCCGCUUGUCCAAAAUAUGGAAGAAAAAUAAGAGCUAA